AUGGGACUGCUGCGACGUGGAUCACGCGCGAGCACCGCAUCGACCGCAGCCAGCGACGCAUCGUCCAUCUCGGCAUCCGACGCAUCCUCGUCCGCAACCACCGCCUCAAAAGCAUCAACCAGCAGCAAAGUCAAGCCAUCUGACCUCCGUUUCCCCAUCAACAGCGCCUCGCCCAACUCGCGCAUCCUCUCCGUCCCAACAGACGGCAACGGCUUCACCCCUGCCGCAAACGCAAACAACGCAGGUUCUCCUCGUCCGUCGAACAAGAGCCCGGCGCUCGCCCGCCGCCCCAGCUUGAGCAGGACCAGCAGCGCCGGAUCGGUGGGGAGGUCAGCGGACGAAGGGGACGACGAGUCCCCCGAGCGUCCGGCGCCUGUCAGGCGCUCGUCGUCGUCGAAUGGUGUUGCGCGCGGUGCGGCUGCAGGAGGCGCGGUCGCUGCCGCCACCACCGCUGCUGCCGGCAAGAAGUCCACCGCCGCCGACGCCGACGUCGACUCGAGUUCGGACGAAUUCGACGAGGCCGCUUCGCUCGAAGAUGCCGACACUUCCUCGGAAGAAGAAGAGGACGACACCUCCCGCAACAAGCCGCAAGUCAAGCUCGCCCCGCGCCCUUCGAAAGUCGGUACCGAAGCUCGUGCGCCGACUCCGCGUGCUGGGAAGAGCAAAGCGGCCAAGAUUGCGAUCGCCAAGAUGGAGGAGGAUAUCCAGUUGCGCGGGAAGCUGGGCAAACCGCUUUCCCAGCUUACGGCGCAGGAUGUCGCCCUCACGCCCGAGGACGUCAAGGAGGACAUCUCGGUCGUCUGGAAGGCCAUGCACCUGUUCAUGUCGUCGCGCAUGAUCGAGGCCGAAGACAUCUGCCUCGCGGCGUGCGACCACCGCCUGUACUACUCGGUUGGCUACUCGCUCAUCCAAGCGAUCAAGUCGCUCGCGACUUUUGAGCCUGAAGACCUCGAGGCGGCGAUCCAGUGCUGCAAGGACUCGAUCCACAUCACGCAGCUCCUGCGCAAGAAGGACCACGGGCUCUUUGAGCGCGUCGGAAGUAUCGCCAAGGGUUCGACGUCGGUCAACAGCAUCAAAGCGAUGACGCUCGUCCAGCGCCACGCCGAGCUCGUCUUUGCCGAAUGCACGCUCCUCAAGGCCGUCUUGGGCAUCAUCUACUCGGGCGACUUUGUCGCGUUCCUCAAGGAGGCGCUCAACAUGCGCAAUGCGUACGCCAUCUACCGCACGCUCGCCAAGUACGUCGAGCUCGUCGACUCGGAGUACCACGGACCGGGCGACGAAGACCCCGCCGUCGACCAGGACUUCCGUUCGGGCGUCCGCCUCGGGAACGGCAUGAUCAGUCUCAUCCUCUCGCUCCUUCCUUCGACCGUACUCAAGAUCAUGGAGGUGUUCGGGUUCACCGGAGACCGCGACUGGGCGCUCGCGACGCUCAUGAAGGCCGGAGGAUGGAAGGCUCGCACGGCAGAGCCGGGCAUGGACCCGGAGAAGGAGGGUAUCAGGCGACCGAUCUGCGACAUGGUCCUCCUCAUGCAUCACCUUGUCAUCGCCAACUACUUGCCUGUCGGCGGUGUCGACGUCCCGACCGCCGCGCACAUCUUGCACUACAACCUCGACCGCUACCCCGGCGGCAUCUUCUUCCUGUACUUCGCCGGCCGCCUCCACUCGACCGAGACGAUGCUCGAGGACGCAAUCAAGUCGUUCCGGCUUGCCAUCCAGGCUCAGCGCGAGUACAUCCAGCUCGGUCACAUUUGCUACUGGGACUUGGGACUGGUCUCGCUCGCUCAAGGUAACUGGAUGAAGGGAUAUGAGUGCUUCAACAUCCUCGACAAGGAGUCUAACUGGUCCAAGGCCAUCUACGCCUAUGCCAAGGCGACGACGCUGUACGAAGAAGGAGUCGAGACGCCCAAGGUCAACUCUACGAUGGCACAAGUCCCCGACCUGAUGCAACGCAUUGCCGGCAAGUCGAUCCCGCUCGAAAAGUUCGUCGCCCGCCGCGCGCGCAAGUUCGUCCAGCAAGGGAACCGCCUAGUCCUUCCCGGUAUCGAGCUCGCCUACGUCCUCAACUGCCUCGGCCUCAGCCCGCGAUUCGUCCUGUUCGAACAACAUCUCGAUCAGGUCUCGCAUGUCCUGGCGGAGCUGCACAAGGUUCGUGAGCCGAGCGAGUACGGCAAGACCGGCGAAGAGUUCUGGGAUGACUACUGCCUCGCCCAUCUCCUCCGCGGCAUCAUCCUCCGCUUUAUCGCCCACCCCGAGCCGCACGUCGUUCCCCGACCCAAGCAGUCGCAGAUCCCGGUCCAGGAGGCCGACGAACAGGCGCUCAUUUCGUUCAACAACGUCAUCAAGCAUGGCAAGGACAUCGUUCACGAUCACCACCUCGUCUGGUUCACCCACUACGAACUUGGCCGCCUCUUCCACUCGCGCGGAGAGUACGAGAAGGCUCGCGAGCAGUACGAGCUGGUCAUGGGCGGCAAGCACCUCGAGGUCAGCCCGAAGAAGGGCAAGGGCAAGGUCUCGCUCCAGAACAUGGCCGUCUUGCGGUCGAAUGCCGGCCUCCAGCUCUUGAAGGAGAAGGGCCACUAG